GGUAGGCCUAACCGUAGAAAUAAAGCUGCGUUUUCAAAUUCCUCCGGCGUAGUGUGGACGCUUCGUAAGUCACGCCUGGUUUCGGAAUUUCCAAGAGGGUUUGAAAUAGCCAAUCCUGUGACGCGGAUUUUACUGACGUGGACAGUCUGAACGACUUAACACGCAUUUUAAUCCUUAACGAAAAUAUACACUGGCGUAGCUGGCGUAGUACCUUCAUCCGCUAGAGAACUGGUUGCCAUUUCUAAAAAUACCUUGAGAGGGUUCCAGGGCUUCAAAUAACGGCCGGUCAACAGACAAUGUCCGGUUAAAAAUAGGUUUUGUCCGGUCAAAUCCUUAGAUGGCCGGACAAUUUGUCCGGUCGUUUACGCUGGUAAGGAAAAAAUUCAGGGUUUCAAGUUUUAAAUAUUUAAAAGUUUAAUAUUAUUGGCGUUUGUGAAAAAGGAGGGGAAAAGGGGCGGAUACUUGACUACUAGACCAAGAACUUUUAAUAAAUGAUUCGUAAUAGUCAUAAAUCGUUGCACAUUUUCGAUUUGUCAUUUACCCAGUCGUCACCGCAAAUUAGCGGGUGUGAAUCACUUUAUUGUUUAUUUUAUGGUCCGUGUGGGUUUUGUGAACAUGACGUGAGAAGGAUAACAAAAAAAAGUCGGUACAAGGGUGUGAAAAUAACAAUAACAAAAAAGCAAGUUACAUUCAUUUGUCUACUUCUCGAAUAAAUGCUUUGAAAAUUUACGUGUUUCAUAUUUAACAUCAUGUGAAGUGGGGGGUGGGUGGACACUUUUAUAGCGGUAAGACGUAAUCGAUGUUUGUACGGCCAAAAAUGGGAUAUGUCCGAGCAAAAAUAGAUUUGACCGGACAAUUUGACCGGCGCCAGACGGGAAAUUAUUUGAAGCCCUGGGGGUCACUUUGCGAAUAAGGGCUAUGCAGCGAAACAGCUCUCGUACCCUUCAUUCCCUCUCGAUAUAUAAGAAGGAACAUAACAACACAGAUACAAUUUUCCUAGUUUUGCAUAGUUUGCAAACUAAAGAAAAUAACAUUGACCUUAACAUCGUGUUACGAGUGAAAGUAUCAGCUUUACGGCGCGAGGGAUUAUUUCUGGUUUAUUAUCCCAGGGAAAUGAAUUCGUUACCUUGUACAUGUAUAAACCCGUCAACGGUUAAGAUAUCUUCACCAUUUGUUGAUUCAAUGAUGUUAGAGCUUUCUUUUUAUUAACUGGUUAUCUAAGGAACUAAUGAAAGAAAUGCAGCAAUACCUGGGUACGCUGCGACAGUUGAAAGAUUUCGACGAAAACCUAGGCAGAGAAAUUGAAGCCAAAGCCUACCAAGAGCAAGAAAUAAUCAAGCGUGAGGAGGAAAUUGCUCGCUUACAACAAGAAAAUCGUGAACAAGAAAUGAAAAUGGAAAUGUUGCUAGCAAAACAACAGCAAGAAACAGAGAGACUCCGUAAACAAAUGUACGCUGAGGCAAAGGCUCAACGAGAUCAAAUGGAUAACAUGAUGAAAGCAAACAUGAAGCAGGCUGAAGAAGACAGACGAACUCUUAUCCAAGAUAAUCCGGCAUUAAACAAACAACUUGAAAUGCAAAAAUUAACUGAAGGAAUCAGUAUGCAGCAAAGGAUUGAGAACUUGAGACAACUGCAUCAGAAUCAGCUUAUGCUGCAGGAGGUUAAAAACCCAGGACACUUUGACGCAUCGUGUAGCGUUAUGUAAGCCCUAUUAAAUCGUCCAUAAGCUUAAAAAUUAAUUGAUUCAGUUUGUUCAUUAUCAUCAUCAUCAUCAUCAUCAUCACCAUCACCAUCAUCAACAACAUUUAUUUGCCACGUAAAUAAUAACAAAAGAUAUUGGCAAUACUCAAAAAGCGACGAGGAGACGUCCAAAAGAAACCACCAGGCGUAUAACGGAGGUCACUUCAGAAGUUAAUGUAUUGAUAAUUUUAAAACCCCUCGGGCGCGGCAUGACCAAUUCACAAUUUUGUAAAUAAAAAUGUGAUCAACUUUUUCUUAUAUAAAAUUGGCUAAGAUUUA